UAUAGUUAAAUGCCACGUAUUAUUCAUUUGCAAGCUAUGUAUGUAGAAUGUCUCGAACAUUUUUCUCUUCAUCGUGACAUUGGUUCUUGAUCAAAAUAAUAAUUAUAAUCAUAGAAUUUAUAGUCAUUCUAAUAUAUUGAUGCAUAUAUAAGUACAAUGACUUCUACGAAACAGUUCAAACUCCUGUUUUGUGCUCUCGGCAUUUUUGUAUGUUAUUUUCAUUUUGUUUUCUUCCAAUGUUUAAUUAAUUAUUUAUUUGCCAAGACAAGUUUAUUAACAAUCAUGAAGCAGGACGAAGAUACUACUCCAAAAACUUAUUAUGCGCUUUCUGCUUUAACUUAUUUACUUGCUAUGGUAUGUAGUAAUAUGGCAUUACAAUUUGUUAGUUAUCCAACACAAGUUAUUGGAAAAGCUGGCAAACCGAUUCCUGUAAUGAUACUUGGUGUAUUAUUGGGAAAUAAGGUUUAUCCAGUAAGAAAAUAUUUGUUUGUCUUCUUGGUAGUCAUCGGAGUAGCUUUAUUUAUGUAUAAAGAUGUCAAUCCAUUAAAAAAGCAUUCAGAGGGACAAACAGUCAUUGGAGAAUUAUUAUUAUUACUUUCAUUAACAAUGGAUGGUUUAACUAGUGCUGUACAAGAAAGAAUGAAAUCUGAACAUAAUUCUAAAUCUGGCCAUAUGAUGUUGAAUAUGAAUGGCUGGUCUGUGAUUUUUAGUGGCAUAGUCAUUAUAGCUUCAGGAGAACUUUUAGAAUUUGUUGAAUUCUUACAUAAAUAUCCUUCUACUAUAUGGCACAUAGCUACUUUUUCUAUAGCAGGAGCAUUUGGACAAUAUUUCAUAUUUCUUACUGUUGCAGAAUUUGGUCCAUUACCAUGUUCCAUUAUAACUACAACUAGAAAAUUCUUUACAGUUUUAGGUUCAAUACUUAUUUUUGGUAAUAGCUUGACUUCUAAACAAUGGAUGGGCACAUUAAUAGUAUUUUCGGGAUUAUUCCUAGAUUCUAUGUAUGGUAAAGAUAAAUCUCCCAGAAAAGAUACAACGAAAUAGCAAAUGAAUGCAAGCAUAUUAAUCAAAAGAUUUUAAUUUAUCAAAUGAUAUAAUUUUAUAUCAUAAUGUUUGUAUAUAUAUUAUAUGUUGCAUUAUAUUUUACAAAUAUUAUAAAAAUACUUUAACUUUAUUUCAUUUGAUAUCAGUGUAUGAUUAAAUGUAUAUUUAAGAACAAAAUUUUGAAGAUAAAAUCAUAAAUUAUAUAUUUACAUAAUAUAUUUUGUAUGUUAUACAUGUAUAAUACAUAUAAAUAUAUCCUUGCAUGUAUUAAGAAAUAUAUAUAUAUAUAUAUAUAUAUAUAUAUGUAUGUAUUUUAUUCAUUUGGAUAACAUUACAUACAUAUUAUAUUUAUAUAACAUUUGAGAUAUAACUGAUGAAGAAAUAGCAAGAUUGCAAUAUAAUAAGUAUUGAUUAAUGUUACUUCUUCAUCUUCUCUAAAAUUUUGUUAAUUUCUAUUUUAUAAAUCAAAAAAUGUAUAGUUUUGUGCUUGAAUAAAUUUUUUAUUUUGCUAUUUUAUCAUUAUAAGAUUUAUCAUAUGUAUAAGAAGAUAUAUGCGUCUUUUUCAUUGUCAUAUUAAUUUUAUUAAAAAAAUAGUUUUUUAAUUUUUUUUAGUGAUAAGUGAUAUUUAUAAUAAAAAAUAUAAAUAGUAUCAUAAUUAGUUAGUAUGAAAUAAAAGAGGAAUAUAAUCAUUCAAUUUACGAGAUUUAGUUUAUUUAUAUAAUUUAUAUACCUAAAUAUUUUUCUGUAUCAUUAUUAUUAUACAGAAUGUAUAAAAUCAGAAUAUAUAAAAAUGUAUAAAAUUAGUGUGCUUUACAUUGAAAUAUAUAAAUUGGCAAAAAGAAAUACGAAGUAUGGUAAAAUUCUGAUAGUAGGAAUUUCAGCAAUUUGAGAUUAUUAAAUGCGGAAUUAUUAAAUUAUAUUUUUAAUAUAAUAGAAUAAGAUAAAUAAUAUGAAAAAAACAAUUUUAGUUAAUGUAAUGCAAUUUGUAAACAAAAAUAAAAAAAUAUAAUAUAAAUAAUAAAAAUA